CGCGACCCCACCCUUAUUUUCAUCGCGCUCCGUUAAGACGGAGAACAUAGAAAAGGAUUUUCUUUAUAUUUUCGGUUAAUUAGUGAAAAAAAGAGAGUCGAGUGGAAGUCAUGUUGAUAACAUUAGUUCGUGAUUCUGUGCUUCAAUGCUUUUGUCAUUCAUGUCGUGCACCUGUUUUGCCGGCUGAAAUCGGUGGACGUGGUAAUAAGAAACAGCAAACAAAAGUUCGAGCAAAGCAACCAAAGUCAUCGAAGAAGGUGAAAUUUAUCACAACUGAAAUUCGCUGUCAAGAGAAAUCGAAAGGCGGAUUGCGGUACGAAGUGAUUCUCGCUGAACCGAAUAUCGCUCAAGUUCAGGUACCAAAAAUAGUUCAGCAAAAUAACAUUUCAAAGCCUUUAUCAGCUGAAGAAAUUGCUGAGAAGUUGAAGGCAGCAGAAGAGAGACGUUUGAACUUGGAAGCCAGGAAAAUCGCCGAUUGGACAGCAAAAAUGGCGAAGAUUGAAGAGGCUUCAAGGAAGAAAGACGAACUCAAUGCCGAAUUCAUGACUCAAACGAAAGAAGCUCUUAUUAACAAAAUGGAAAAUACCGUAGAAAAACGUGAAGCUAUCAUUUCGGAUUUGAAAGGGAAACUAAAGGUUCAUGCUGAUGAAAUCAAGCGAAAUAAGGAAAUGUUGGAGAAACAGAAAGUCGAAGAACGUAAUGCUCUGAAUGACAAAUUAAAAACCGCUGCCAAUCUACGUGAUGAGAAUAUCAAGCGAAUCUUGGAUCGUCUACGAGAACAUAAUUCGGUCAAACUAUCGGAAGUUCGUCAUACAGCUGACACGAGAGAAGCACGCGAAGAGCAAACGCGCAUUAUCGAAAAUAAGCUUUUCAUUGCGGAACGAAAUCGUACGAAAGAGUUGGAAAAGCGUUUGGAAAACAUUCGAAAGCAUGUAGGUUGA